GCUUGCGAAGGAACACGAAUGCUGUCCGAGCUGACGCAGUCUUCUAUGGAAGGCGUCGAAGCGCCCCUGAAUGUGAACCCAGACGCAGUGUUGGCGAUCAUGUACUCUAGCGGCUCAACAGGAUUCCCGAAAGGCGUACAGCUUACCCACCGCAACAUAAUCGCCCAAAUUUUCACAGUAACUCUUUGUUUCUUUUUUGCACAACAGCCGACGAGUACCUUUUUGUAUCCGACAAUCCUUCACAAGUUGGUUCAAUGCCCACUUGUGGAGCAAGUGGACACGAGCAGUCUCACAAAAGUGAUUGUCGGUGGCAGUACACUGACCUCAUCCGUUCUGCAAUGUGUCAUGCAGAAACUUCACCUGCCGGGGAUCAUGCAAGCUUACGGUAUGACGGAGCUGACCGGGUGCAUCUCAUUUUCAACACCACAACUUGAUGACGUCAAGAGCGUGGGCAGACCGCUACCGUUCAACGACGUCAAAGUGGUUCAUCCCGAGAGCCGUCAAACUCUUGGUCCGAACGAGCAAGGGGAGAUCUGCGUGCGAGGACCAAACGCUUUCAAGGGAUACCUCAAGAACGAGAUAAAGACUUCCGAAGCUUACGAGAAUGGCUUCAGAGGCUCAGGAAGUUACUUCUCCAGCGCUGACCGCCUCGGCCGUCCAAACAUCUACUUCUCCAAGUGGAAUGUGAUUUGGCUCACGUACUGCGUGGGCGAAAGCGUAAACUUGUGGCUGUUGAAGAUGACUGGCGACUUGUUUCUUCUGCCGGAGCCCGCCAUCUUCGACCGGAGGAACUACGCCCCUGCGCUCGUGAGCAACAAGCUGCUGGGCAGAGCUCCACUUGGUGGACCCAGGAAGAUAGUGCAAAUCGCCAAUGGAUACUGGAAUUUUAUGCCUUUUCCAAACGCAGGCGACAUCGGUUACUACUCUUCCGACGGCCGCAUCUUCGUCUGCGGCCGCUUGAAAGAGCUCAUCAAAUGCAUGGACCAGCAGGUGGCGCCUGCCGAGCUGGAAGAGCUUCUGGCUGCAGACCCAGACGUGCUACAGGUGAUCGUAGUUGGGGUGCCGCAUCCGCAUUACGGGGAGGCCCCUCGGGCAUUCGUGGUGCCCCGACGCCGCCUUGCUGGACCCAACGAAGAGGAGCGCGAGGCCGACAGGCUGAAGGAGCUCGUUGCUGCAAAUCUUGCUAACCACAAGCACCUGUACGGCGGUGUACAGUUCAUGGACUGCCUGCCGCAGACUGGAAGUUACAAGGAUUCGCGCAGUGCCCUCAAGGAGCUGUACAUUAAGCAGAACAGAUGCGCCAACAAUUGA